CGUCCGCGCGCACACACGUACAUCGCGGCGUUGUCGUUAUCGGCCGGCUUAGGAGGAGGUACCAGAGUCGUACUUACGUAGGUUACCGCAGUCGUGUAGUCGCGCACCGCCGCGGUCGUCGUUGUCGUCGUACCACUCAUACCGCGGUCGCAGUCACAGUCGUCGCAAUCGCCGUCGCGGUCGUCCGGAGAAAUUUCGUUUCCGUGCGAAAUCGCUAGUGAUUGUGCGAGGUUUUUUUUCUCGCGCUGCAUGUGUGUCCACAUGAAAAUAAUAUUACCGUUACGUAUACAUAAAGAACGCGACCAGUGACAUAUUAUUAUCGCAAUAUCAUCGUUAUUAUUAUAAUAUAUUUCAAUUACCGCUGUGCGUUUCGUCGAUCGUUCGAGCGGAUUCGUUUCGUUAUUUCCGACCGCAUCGUCGUCGUGGCGAAGAGAACCGAUCAGCAUCACACUUAGAACGCAAAAGAUAUACGAUUACGUUACAGUCGAUCUUCUCUCACCCGUUCCGGUGGAUACCGGAAAAACCCGCAGCCCCGUAACAGGGUUAUGUUAAACCAAUUGCAUUAAGAACGACAGAAUAUAUCAAAAAAUAAAAAAAACUUUGAAAGUGAGGAAGCCACUUGAUCUAUUACCGUAACCGGAUAAAACAAUACAGUACAGAUAAAAAAAAAACGAAACGAGAUAGUUUUCGGUCGUCGCCGUUCAAUUGCCUAGUCGGUGUGUCUUACGAGUCUACGGGAAGAAAAACUUGGCGUUGAGAGGAGCUUAAGAUCAUCGAAUAGGAACUCGCCAGAAUAAGGCUCCCGAUCAGCCCCGAGUCCAUGCUGUCCGCCGUCGCCGUUGCUGCGACCUUCGACGACAGCUGUGCACCACCCGAGAAACUAGACGACACUGUACGCCGUCAACGUCGCCGAGGACGCCGACCUACCUCCACCGCCUCCAAAGCAGCACACGCCGCUCGCCAGUGCCGCCGUCGUCUGACGACGAUCCGACCGAACCAGGUAGCCGGGCACAGAUGAAACCGUCAUCGCGGUUGCAACCGUCGUCUCCACCGUCGCCAUCGACAGCCGCCUCCGGCUCGAUCGUCGACCACGAACGGCUCGAAAAACACCUGGUCCAAGAGCACAGGGAGUCGUCACCGUCCUAGUUCACGUCGACCGCUCGACGGGGGGGUGGAGGGCUCUUCGAUGUACGUGCGAUCCGCCAUUACCGCAGCAGCAGCAGUCGCCACUACCACCGCCACCGACCGCACUGACGACCGGCGUCGAUUAUGAAGAAACACAAACGCGAACACUUGGAUUGCGGCUGACGACGAUAACUGAACUGCGGUCCCGGGGACACACACACUCGCCACACACACACACAUACCUCAGACCAUACACAUACACACACCCACACACAUACCCGAUCCACCCACACUCACACACUCAGACAUAUACACAUGCCCACACAGGAUACCACGAACGCAAUCACUACGUAGCUGCAGCUGUACAUCACAAUUAUACCGCUGUAUGACAAUAAGAAUAAAAACGUCAUCAAGCGCCUCUCACCCCUCGUCCACUCCAAUUCGUUGUUCGAAUUGCUCACACCUCUGUGUCAUCGAUACGUGAUUUUUGUAGAUAAAUAAUAUUAUUCCAAUAAUAAUAAUUAUAAUAAUAUACGGUCGAUGUGAUAAUAAUCUUAUGUUUUUGUUCGAGACCGCGACGCGCAAAUUGUGAUCGUCCGAUACCCGGCGAUACCACGGUAACCGUCGUUUUCGUAAUAACCGUCCGCGUCGUCGUGCGCGAGUUUCAUUUUGUCCGCCAAUAUGGCCGAAACGACACACUCGAGCAAACAUAGCUAACAGCCUACUUCUGGGUAACAAAGGUGCACCCAUUAUGCCAGGGGGCCGACGAGGUCUGGUCGCCCCUCAAAACACGUUCUUGGAAAACAUCAUCCGGAGAUCGAGCUCCCAACCAGACAGCAGUUUCCUUUUGGCCAACGCUCAGAUUGUCGACUUUCCGAUUGUCUACUGCAACGAGUCGUUCUGCAAGAUUUCCGGAUAUAAUCGGGCGGAGGUGAUGCAAAAGUCAUGCCGAUGCUCAUUCAUGUACGGAGAUCUCACGGACAAGGAGACGAUAUGCAGGAUAGACGAAGUGUUGGAGAGCCACUACAACGACCAGUUCGAAAUCUUGCUCUACAAAAAGAACAAUCUGCCAGAAGAGACACCGUUAUGGCUGCUGAUGCAAAUAGCUCCGAUCAAGAACGAGAGGGAUCUCGUGGUGUUGUUCCUGCUCACGUUCAGGGACAUCACGGCACUGAAGCAACCCAUCGAGUCGGAGGACUCCAAAGGCGGAGAUCUGUUAGCAGGCCUGAGCAAGUUCGCCAAGCUGGCCCGGUCCGUGACCAGGAGCAAGACGCUGGUGUCACAGUUCUCGUCGCAUCCCGUUUCCAUCAAGGACUCUACCAGGCAUGUCCAGUCUCAUUUAGCGCACAUGAUGAGCCUGAACGCGGACGUAAUGCCCCAGUACAGGCAAGAGGCGCCGAAGACGCCGCCGCACAUCCUGCUGCACUACUGCGCGUUCAAGGCCAUUUGGGACUGGGUCAUCCUGUGCCUGACCUUCUACACGGCCAUCAUGGUGCCGUACAACGUGGCGUUCAAGAACAAGACCAGCGAGGACGUGUCCCUGCUGGUGGUCGACUCAAUCGUCGACGUGAUAUUCUUCAUCGACAUCGUGCUCAACUUCCACACCACGUUCGUCGGGCCCGGCGGCGAGGUCGUGUCCGACCCGAAAGUGAUCCGGAUGAAUUACCUCCGGUCGUGGUUCGUCAUCGACCUGCUGUCCUGCCUGCCGUACGAUGUGUUCAACGCAUUCGACCACGACGAAGAGGGUAUCGGAAGCUUGUUCAGUGCUUUGAAAGUCGUCCGGUUAUUGCGACUGGGCAGGGUCGUUCGAAAACUGGACAGGUACUUGGAAUACGGCGCUGCAAUGUUGAUACUGUUGCUGUGCUUUUACAUGCUGGUCGCUCAUUGGCUGGCCUGCAUUUGGUAUUCCAUAGGACGGUCAGACGCCGAGAACGGAUAUCAAUACUCGUGGCUGUGGAAGCUGGCGAACAUCACGCAGUAUCCGUACUCGUACAUAAUGACGGAACAUGCCAACUCCACAGAACUAGUUCACGGGCCACCUCGAAAGACCAUGUACGUGACAGCCUUGUACUUCACCAUGUCGUGCAUGACCAGCGUCGGUUUCGGAAACGUCGCCUCGGAAACCGACAACGAGAAGAUUUUCACCAUAUGCAUGAUGGUCAUCGCCUCGCUGUUGUACGCUACGAUUUUCGGUCACGUCACCACCAUCAUACAGCAAAUGACUUCGGCGACGGCUAAGUACCACGACAUGCUGAACAAUGUCAGAGAAUUCAUGAAGCUGCACGAAGUGCCGAAAGCGCUGUCCGAGAGGGUCAUGGACUACGUUGUGUCCACGUGGGCAAUGACCCGGGGCUUGGACACGGAUAAAGUGUUGAAUUAUUGUCCGAAAGACAUGAAAGCGGACAUUUGUGUUCAUCUAAACCGAAAAGUGUUCAACGAGCAUCCGGCGUUCCGGUUGGCCAGCGAUGGGUGUUUACGCGCCCUGGCCAUGCACUUUACGAUGAGCCACUCGGCACCCGGUGACCUGCUCUUCCACACCGGCGAAUCCAUCGACUCACUGUGCUUCAUCGUAACCGGUUCGCUAGAAGUCAUCCAAGACGAUGAAGUGGUCGCCAUUUUAGGUAAGGGUGACGUGUUUGGUGAUUCGUUUUGGAAGGACACGGCGCUAGGACAAUCCGCAGCAAACGUCCGUGCCCUGACCUACUGUGACCUACACACCAUCAAGCGUGACCGGUUACUCGAAGUGCUAGAUUUCUAUCAGGCGUUUGCGAACUCAUUUUCACGGAACCUGAUACUGACUUACAACCUCAGGCACAGGUUAAUAUUCCGGAAAGUUGCUGACGUGCGCCGGGAGAAGGAGCUGGCCGAGAAGCGAAAAAACGAACCGCAACUGGAUGAACAACGGGACCAACUGGUCCGGAAGAUAUUUACCAAGUUCCGGAAGGAUAGAGCUCCCAGUACUGUCCUCGGGAUGCAACAGGGUGCGGCGGCCGCGUCGGGAGCGCCUGCAGCAGCGGCGGGUUCCGACGAGAGCAAGUCUGAGGUUGGCGCCGGUGACGCUUCGGAUGGUGUCGGCGGUGCUCGUCCCAAAGUCUUGCCGCUCGUGCUCAGACAGCAGAGUGAAGACCCGCAACAGGCGUCUUGCUCGUCGACAGGCCUGAGGACGGCAGCGGCCGCGGCUCCCAAAAAAGUGUCGAAAUGGGGAAAGGUCUUGGGCGGUGGUGGGAGUUCCGACUCGGCGGACGUGUCUGUGGUGAGUGCGCAAAGCGCGCCUGCCAAGGUCCGUGACUCGCCUGGCCGGUCGGUCGGAAACGGUCACAAAGUGUUCCCGAAACUGCAAAAAGUGCCGACCACCGCUACCGAGUCGUUCGCUGGAGUGGGUGGAAGCCAGCGACAGGAAACGAUCGACGAGACGGACGAACGCACCGGCGUCGGUGGCAGCGGUGGCGGUGGCGGUGGCGGUGGCGGUGGUGGUAGUGGUGGUGGUGGUGGUGGGGCGGUACCGGAAGAAGAACCACCGACUCCAGCACAGCCUCAUCAAUACCAGGUCACGACGGCGGAUGCGCCGUCGCCACCACCACCGCCGUGUUCUGCGAUGAUCUUGCCACCGCCCCCCGACCUGGACGUGCUGGCCAAGAUAGAGGACCUCCGGUCCGACCUCCGCGACGAGGUGCGGUCAAUCAACCAGCGGCUGACGGCCAUUGAGGACAUGAUGGUCCGGAUCGUCGGGAAGCUGGACGCUCUGGCUAACGCCUCACCCGCUCCAUCGCCGUCGCCUGUCGCGUCACUGAGGCCGCCGGAUACGCCGGAAGCAGGACGCCGACCUGGGUGCAGGACCAAAAGUACGGACGACCUAAGCUCGCCCGCCACUCCCAAACUGCCGCCGAUGGUCCGGCGGCGGCGCAGCAAGUCCCGGACGCGGUCCUCGUCGUCCGCCCUGCCGCCGAUGCGUCCGUUCAGCCCCCGAGACACGUCGCCGCCACCGUUUCCCCGGACUGAUUCGCUCAAAAAGCCGUGCCCGCCCCGGCCCAACGACUUCCUGUAAGCACGCUGCAAAGGCGAGACACUACCGAUCACUGCAAAAAAUAAUAUAACCGCCAUCACAAUAAUUAUAAUUAUACUAUUAUGCGAUAUUAUUAUUACGAAAAAUCGAUUACGUUUGUACAAUGAUGAUAAGAAUAUAAAUAUAUAUAUAUAUUAUUACAUUAUAGUGUUUUAAAAUCAUGUACAACGUAAGGUGUUUUUUUUUUUUU